AUGCAUAUAUAUCACAGGAUUGAGAGAGCACUCUCGACCUUGUUAUCUACAACCAAUAUGCCUUCAGCGGUGGAAGCAUUCCUCCAAUCUGUGGACAAAGACGGCUCUGGAACAAUUGACACGAAGGAGCUUCUGGCAGCUCUCGGUGAGUCUGGACUCGACGAAAAACUGGUUCAAGAAUUCAUCAAUGAACAUGAUAAGGAUCAUGAUGGACAACUCAAUUUGAAAGAACUCAAGGAUUUCCUUGCUUCUUGCGGGUGCUUGUAA